CAUGUUUCUUGGGUUUUCUCGCACGCGCACACAGCGCCCCCUGGAGUUCAGACGGCUGACUGCGUUUCGUGUUACUACCACUGUUUCAAGGAACAACAAAAAACAAGAGAGCGGCGGACUGAACGCGUAACCUGCAACAGUCACCUUCUGUCACCUCAGUACCGAACGAUUCGACCGACUGCUUUAUGAUUCCCGUCGUGUUAACGGCCGUCAACCCAGAAAGAUGCCGCAGAAAGCACUGGGAUCCAUUGUAGGUCUUCUUUGUACCGGGACCUGUCUGGUGCAGGGAAAGGAGUUCUGCUCCGGGGUAAACAAUGAGCAGUACCGCUGUGAGAUGGGCUACUGCUGCGGAGAGACCGAAUGCUGCACCUACUACUAUGAGCUCUGGUGGUUCUGGCUGGUGUGGACCCUUAUCAUCAUGCUCAGCUGCUGCUGUGCCUACCGACACCGGAGGGUCAAGAUGCGUCUUCAGCAGGAGCAACGUCAGCGCGAGAUCAGCCUCAUGGCGUACCAGGGAGCCUCCAGCUCCUUCAUUUCCCCCCCACCGCUCAAUCUAAGGUUCUGGAACGACUGCAAGCUCCCUGACUACGAGGAGGUAGUAGGUCACCCCCCCACACCACCUCCGCCUUACUCUGAGAACCCCCCGGAGGCCGCUCCAGCAUUCCUUCCCCAAGUGAGCCAGCCGAGCGCCGCGGUGCCUCGGCCCCUGCUCGGUGGAGGCACGGGGGCGGUCAGCCAGGCCUCGGCUUCCUCAUCGGACCAGCAAGCGGCGGCGCUGUCGACCCAGGCACAAUGUCUGGUAGAGGAGGAGAACGUGGAGGCCUCGCUGAUGGUGGUGGUGGUGGAGGAGGACGAGGAGGAGGACGAGGACCUCGUCACUCGGCGUCGCCACGUGACCGGCGACUCCGGGAUUGAGGUGUGCGUUUGCCAGCUGGACGUGGACGAGGGCUCGGGGCUCGAGGAGGAGAGCGACGAGGAGCACCGGCUGUGCCAGGUCACCGGUCAGGACUGCUGCUCCGGACACCAGCAGCCGCCCUUCAGGCCCAAGGAGCUCGGCGCCGAGCUGCCCGGCCAGACCGCCAGCGCCAGCACGGGAGACCACGUGGUGUGAUCCACCGCGCAACUUUAAAACGGCCAACCAGCUCGGCUUUCUGCUUCAAGUAGGGUGACGUCAUCAUCAUCAUCGUCAUCAUCACCAUAGAGACGUUUUUUUGUUUUCAUCCUUUGAACGACACGUGACGCGGUGAUGAUGAUGGUGACUAAUUCUUAACGGCUCCUGACGCCGCAACGUGAAUAACAUUGUGUGGACAAAGUCCUUUUCUUUUCUUUUAGUGGAAAACAAGAAGUCUGUUUCUUUUUCUUCUUCUUUUCAUUUUUUUCUUAGUAUUUGAAGUAGAGGCCGUCACAGAUGGUGAGACAACCACAAUUGAUUGUGACUGGAACAGAAGAAUCGACUGUUUGGGCUCCGCCGUCAUGUUUCCGUUUCUGUUUUCUCGCGGCUCUCCUCGGCCAGAGCGUCUCUGCCCCCCCCCCCACCCUCCGGCUGACAUUUUACCUCCGGGGGGAGGAGGAGGAGGGGAGAGGUGAACUUGGAGCAUACCGACACGGUCAACAACAUUUCUACCUUAUCUCCGCCGCGACUGAGGCCUGAAGGGGUCGAAAAUGACAACCCUCUGUGGAACACUGUAACGCCUGGAGCACACGCCUCCCAGAGCUGUGUGCGCUGUGAGAUCGGGGGCACAGCUGCAUUAUGAUGUCAGCUCUGAGGUCAUCGCCAACGAGCGGCUGGUGUGAAAGUCCGUGGCACUUUUUUUUUUUUUAAACAUCUAGAGCCGGGGGGAGGGGGUUUCAGUGUCAUACCAUCUUUUUUUUUGAUAUCCCAAUGGUAAUCUCCACAGCUCUGUGGUCACCUGUAAGCAGGACUGUAGGUGAGGAAGGAUUUGUGAUUUUAUUGGUUGUGCGCACGUCAUCUCCCCACUUUGGGCUGCAUUCUAUUCCUCGUAGGAGCCAAGAGGGGCAUGCCACCAAUUUGGGUAAAACGCCUUGUGGCUCUUCUGUUUUUAGUUACUGUUGCGUCAGAGUUUUUGUUGGCAGCGUUUAGCUCAUUCUAAACAUCAGUUGAAUAUAGUUCAUAAUGGAGGAUGUACUACGUUUAAAAAAAAAUAAUUAAAAACUAGAAAAAAAGAAAGGAUAACCAUCUUUACAUCAGUGAAAGGCGCAGGUGUCACCAUUAAUUCCUUCUGGUGGGCGGCGGUGGGGGGGGCUAGCACAAGUGAGCGGAUGAAGAAGGGGGGGGGGUCAAUGCGUUUUGUAGGUCCUUUGUGUAGUGCUUGCUCGGCACUGAGGUGGAUGACCUUUUUAAAAGCACUGGUGUUUUGCAUGAGGCAUGAAUUUCUGUGUUCAUGGCGAGUGUUUUCCAGUAGUUGAACUAGUCUCUUUGCUCCUCGACCACAGUGGCUGCACAAACACGCUCCCAGGGUGAGCAGCGACUGACGAGCCGGUGAACGUCUCACGACGAAGGGGGGGGGGGGGGGGGCGACCUCUGUGGUGUCACUCCAUCAUAGAUUGAAAAGUCCAAUAUAUUAAAACUUCCAUUUACCACCUAAAAGCGCGCAGGCCCGUAGCGACGGGGUCCCCUGGUCCUGCUGCGCUGCGCUCUGCUCGCCUACGAAGCUCAGAAACAACCUGGCGUGCUUCAGAGCGCAGGAAGGAUUCUGCGUCGGUUUAGAAAGUAACACCUAAGCUUGUUUUCCGAGAACGUGCGCUCGCUUCAUGAGAAGAGGAUGCGGUUUGAAGCCACGAGAUUUAAACUGUCCUGCGACGUAGUUCUUGGGUGUUUUUGCUUUAGAAAUACGGUGUUGUUACUUAGUGGUGGCACUGAGUUGGGAUUCGUUGGAUUCAUUUGUUUUGGGGGGACAUCGAUCCCCAGAGAUUGCUUUGUUGCUGCAUUUUGCUUCUUUGUAGCCGUAUGCAGAAAAAAAAAAUUGGAAGGGGGGGGGCUUUUGUGCAUAAGUAAAGUGGAGGCCCAUGAUUUUCCUAUUGCCAAACAACUGCUAUGCCUCCCUUGCUUUCACAAGUCUACCGAGAUUAAGGGCUAUACCAAGUCAUGUGCUGUGGACAAGCGUCCACCCGUCCCUGUCCCCCAGAGAUUCAUCUCCUUCUGUGUUGUCCUGUAAAAGCCACAGUUGCCAAGAAUCCACUAUAUGAUUGUGGUCUUUUUUUUUGAGGGGGGGGGGGGGUUGGAUGGUAUCUUAACGUUGUACUGGAGCUCAUAUUUAACAAUAGCUGAUUGUAUACGACUGUGUUUGUUAGGCUUUAACUCUGCCUUUUUUGUUUUAUUGACGGAGGUGCGUGAUUUUUGACCUACUUAAUGACAACAAUCCUUUCAACAAUGUGUUUGUUUGGUGAUCGAGACGGUUUCCCACUCUCAGGGUUAUCUUUCACAAGCAGUGCCGGAGUUUUGAAUUGAGCCCCUUUCGGACCCACCGGUCUCAUCAAGCCAAAGCAGUUAUUUCAUGAUAAUUGUUUCUCCACAAUGGCUGUCCGCAUUUUUCCUUCUGCGUCACGCAUCUCUGUAGUCUACUGUUGUUUACUCAACUAGGCUAUGCAAAACAUAAUCCUACUGUUUAUAUGCUGCAAACCCCCUUUGUCCCACUCUGUCAUUGGUCAGGGGUCCCCGGUUCAAUAUAACUCUGAGUACUUUGUGGCGAUGUACUGUAAUCUACUUUGUUUUGGUGUGCGUACAUGUAUUUGUUUAAGAAAAUCUGUAAAAAACAAACAACAACAAACACCAACCACUUGCAAUUCUACCUGCAAUGAUGUGAGGAUGUAGGCGUCAGUGUCAGCUGAGGGGCGUUAGACAAGAAGCCAAUCUCAACGUUUCAUAUGUAAUCUUUUUUUUUUCUUUUUGGCUUUUUCCGUCCCUCGUCCUCAACCACUAACGCUUUCUAUUCCUGACUUAUAGAUGAACCACAUCAUUGAGAUAUUAAAACUAGAGGAUGUGGUUUUCCUUGGAAUAAACGUUAUUGUUGUAAUGUUAUAUCUUUUAAUCCGUUUCACAUUUCGUUCCCUCGUCUUUGUUGCACUAAUUCCAUCUGUUGCCUUUAAUCCUCAGUUAUUACAGCGCCAACAAGCUAAACCUUUUAUAUAUUAUACACAUGAGAGACCUCAACGUGGCACAUAGUUGGCUAAAAUUAGGUCACAUUUGGAUGAUACAGGCAACUUAUCAGUCAAACUUGUAAACUUUUUUUUUUUCUCAAAUAGUACCAAUGAGAUGCGAUGGUUGACCUAUUUUUGUUUUUGCCCAAAAUGAGAAACUUCUCCAACAGACUGUUUCUACUUUGUUCUGUUAAUAACUAAACAAGGAGGAAUGAGUGGGGAAAGAGAAUUUUAAAGCACUGAAUGAUCGCUUAAAAUCCUUUUUGUUGUAGUAAGAAGUCUUCUGUGUACUCGUUGGCUCAUCAUUUGUAUUUUAUUUUUUUAAUAAAACAAAGCUUGGCACUCGA